AUGGAUACAAGUUUUUUAAAAAUGGCUUUCAUGUAUCCAAUACAUUUUCCGUCCGUUCCAUUACGUUGGGAUGAAUCAAUUUGGACAUCAAUUCUAAAUAGUGAAGAAGAAGAAGCAUUAAUCACAAAUUUAGAAGCGAGAAUCAUCGCUCGAAGUGAAUCGUAUCAACUACGUAAUUUGCCAAAAAGUGUUUGCGGCCAAGUACACGAAUAUGAUGAUGAAAUGGAAGAUGAUGACGAGCAUGAUGACGAGGAUAUGGGCGAAUUAAGUAUUUAA